GAGGGAGGAGGGAGGCCCCACUGGAAGCGGAAGUAGAUGUGGAGGGUGAGCCGUGCAGGGCCGGAUGCGGAAGUGCCUGUGGUGCGGCUGUGGGUGGCAGGUGCCGUGUCCCUGGGCCUCGCUGCCCGGGCCAGGAUGGACCCCAGCGCCCUGGAGCAGGAUGCUGUCAAGUUCGCCCAGAUGGCGGUGAGGAACGACCAGAACGGCCGGUUCACCGAGGCCGUCUUCUACUACAAGGAAGCUGCACAAGCAUUGAUAUGCGCUACUAUGGCUGGAUCAAAAUUGGAUGCUAUACAGGAGAAAAUAAGUGAAUACCUGGACCGAGUGCAGGCUCUUUACACUGCAGUUCAAGCACAGAACUGCAAGGGUGUCCCCCUGAAGACAAAGCAGCAGAUGGAUCUGGAACGUGCUCACUUCCUGGUCACACAAGCAUUCGAAGAAGAUGAGAAGGGCAAUGCUGACGAAGCAGUAGAACUGUACACUGAAGCUGUCGAAUUAUGUCUGAAAACAGCAAAUGAAACUUCUGAUCAAACACUGCAGGCUAAAUUGAAACAGUUAGCCCGACAAGCCCUUGACAGAGCUGAAGCACUAAAGGAUUCAGUGUCCAAGAUGUCUCAAGAAAGAAAGCACGUUGCAGCGAAAUCAAGUCAGCCAGUUCGAGCCUUCCAACCUCUGGGAUCAGAUUUUUCUCUGAAUGAUAAACCGCAGUUGUCUAGAGUUCAAGGCAGUGAUUUGUCAAGCCAGGGUCAGCUCUACUCUGCAGAGGAAAUUGGAGUUUUGCGGAAAACUUCCAGAAUCAAUGGAAUUGAAUAUGUACCUUUCAUGAGUGUGGAUCUUAAGGAACGAUUUGCGUUUCCAAUGCCAUUCUCGGACCGUGCUGGCAAAUUGGUGUUGUCACCAAAACAGGAAGCAUUGUUUUCCAGGUGGGUCCGGCCAGAUGACCUCUCCAACAAUCCUACAAUGAUCUACACUGUAUCUAGUUUCAGUAUAAAACAGACUGUGGUAUCGGACUGCUCAUUUGUAGCCUCUUUAGCUAUUGGUGCUGCAUAUGAAAGACGUUACAAUAAAAAAUUAAUCACAAGCAUUAUUUAUCCUCAGAAUAGAAGAGGAGAGCCAGAAUAUAAUCCUUGUGGGAAAUACAUGGUAAAACUUCACAUUAAUGGUGUUGCCAGAAAGGUAAUCAUUGAUGACUAUUUGCCAGUGGAUCAUAAUGGUGAGCUGCUUUGUUCCUAUUCCAACAACAAGAAUGAACUUUGGGUCUCUUUGAUAGAAAAGGCCUACAUGAAAGUUAUGGGAGGAUAUGAUUUUCCAGGUUCCAACUCUAACAUCGAUCUUCAUGCCUUGACUGGCUGGAUACCAGAGCGAAUAGCGAUGCAUUCAGACAAUCAGAAGUUUGAUUAUGAGGGCACUUUCAAAAUGCUUUAUCAAAGGUUCCACAAGGGAGAUGUUCUAAUUACCACAGCAACUGGUAUAAUGAGUGAGGAAGAAGGAGAACGUUGGGGUCUAGUACCUACACACGCGUAUGCUGUCCUUGACAUCCGGGAGUACAAGGGUCUUAAAUUCCUUCAGCUUAAAAAUCCAUGGAGCCAUUUGCGAUGGAAAGGACGGUAUAGUGACAAGGAUGAGAAGAGCUGGACUCCAGCCCUUCAAAAGUACUUGAAUUUUGAUCCCAAAACAGCACAGAAAAUUGAUAAUGGAAUUUUCUGGAUUAACUGGGAGGACCUUUGUCGGCAUUAUGAUGUAAUUUAUUUGAGCUGGAAUCCUGGACUAUUCAAAGAGUCGACUUACAUUCACAGUACCUGGGAUGCAAAGCAAGGCCCCGUGAAAGAUGCAUACAGCCUGGCUAACAACCCACAGUACAAGCUGGAAGUACAGUGUCCACAAGGUGGUGCUGUUGUUUGGGUUCUCUUGACCAGACACAUCACUGACAAGGACGAUUUUGCCCACAAUCGAGAAUUUAUUACAUUGGUAGUUUACCAGAGUGGAGGAAAAAAGGUUUAUUACCCAAAUGAUCCUCCUCCAUUCAUUGAUGGGAUUCGAAUAAACAGCCCUCAUUACCUGACCAAGAUCAAGCUGACCACGCCAGGGACAAACACGUUUACUUUAGUGGUAUCUCAGUAUGAAAAGCAGAACACCAUCCAUUACACACUCAGGGUAUAUUCCAUGUGCAAGUUUACAUUUUCUAAGAUCCCAUUCCCGUACACACACAAUAAGCGGGUUAAUGGUCAGUGGAAAGGUCAGACUGCAGGCGGAUGUGGAAACUACAGAGACAGCUACAAAAUGAAUCCAAUUUACCAGAUCACUGCAGAGAAAACUGGGCCUUUGUUGGUUGAAUUGCGGGGUCCCAGGCAGUACAGUGUUGGUUUUGAAAUGGUAACUGUCUCAACAACAGGAGAUAAUGAAUUCCAAAAAAAGACCAGUGGAGAUUAUAGGUGUGGGUUUUGCUACUCAGAAAUAGAGCGUGUCCCUGGCGGAGUUUAUAACAUCAUCCCUACCACCUUCCUCCCUGGUCAGGAAGGUCCUUUCUUCUUAGACUUCCACAGUACCAUCCCACUCAAGAUUACUCAGUUACAGUGAGCCAAGAGCCUGUUUUGAUCACCUUUACUCUAAGAAAUUGUCAAAUAGUGUACAUCCUUUUUUUUUUAAAGAAAGGGAGUUCUUUUCUGGGCACCAAUUGGAAUUUAUUCAAUUUGCAGAAUUUUUCAGAGACUCCACACAAUGUUUGUUCUUUCACUGAAAGUCAAGCAUGAUAGGCAAAGUUAGUUUGAUGACAAGAAAGAAAUGCCAUUUGUGUUUGGAUUACUUGUGUACUUUUCAAAUGAAGGAACCCUACAAAUGUAUUUUAUAUCUUUACCUAAAUCUAUUGACGUACAUAUUUCUGCUGUAGAGUAUAACUGGGACUCUACUGCAGUUGAAUUUGUGGCUGUUCUUGCCCAGUAUUGCAUUUAAUUAGCCCAGUUUAGGAUGGGUUUUAUUUUACAUCUUAAUGCUCGGUUACGACUUGCGUUAGUCCUUUACUGUUGAUGCAAGAGUGGAAUUGUUUGAGAGAUUUUAAACUACAUGAAAAACAGCCAUCAAUGUUUACUACAAAUUACUCUGCAUCUAUGGGAACUGUGCAAUGUAUAAUAAACCAAAGACCAGUUCAUAUUUGUAAUAUGUCAAUUCAUUUUAAAAAAAGGGUGAAUACUGGUCUGGCAAUUGAAUUCAUUCAUAUUUCUAUUAUAGAUUAUAUAUUUUUUAUCCAUUUUGUUUAGUACCUGAGAGCUGAAAAGUUAUGUUUCCAGACAUUGAGUUGUGAGAAAGUAGAAAUUUUUUUUUAAGAUACUAAGUUUACUUUCAAGACAGAAAAUUUAAGCAUCUGCACACCUUGGAUUAUGUAGAAUAAAAAAAAAUUAAUAUUUUGUCAUGAAUGUUCCAUUGUGUGAAACUUGUUCAUGCCUGCUUCCAAGUGGUCAGUGAUGUUCAUGUUGGAGUAAAGCUUGCAGCUGAAGUUAUUGGCAAUAAUG